AUGUUUCUGUGUCCAUCAUUUCGACCGUUGCGAGGCAUCAGUGGUCUUGAUGCCAUUGGUCAAAUCCGAUUGUCUUCAUCAAAGCGCUGGCAAGCUCGUCAACAUAAAGACCAAUUCACUCGAGAAGCAGCCGUGCAAGGCUUAAAAAGUCGUGCUGCUUUCAAACUCUUACAGAUCGAUGAGAAAUACCAUAUAUUCAAACGGGGCCAAACCAUUGUUGACUUGGGAUAUGCACCCGGCUCCUGGUCGCAGGUGGCUUUCAAUCGAACCCAGCCGAAUGGGCGAGUUUUAGGUGUCGACAUUAUUCCGGCACAGCCUCCGAAGGGAGUCUCCACCAUCCAAGGCAAUUUCCUUGCACCUGAAAUUCAGGCCUAUAUCCAAGAAUUUUUACGCGAUCCCCAAAGAGGCAGGCCACGGCAUUCUACACAUGACGCUGGCGGGAGCGCGCUAGAGUCUACCCGGGGAGCAAAUCAGGAGUCAGCAUCACUGCUUUGUGAUGCAGAUAAUAUUUCAGAUCCAAAGAUCCUACACAGAACGGUAGAUGUAGUUCUAAGUGACAUGUCCGAACCCUGGCUCCAGACAUCUGGUUUCUGGAAACGAAGUCUAAGUGAUCCUUAUAACAGGAUGAUGAACACCAGCGGAAAUAAUUUCAGGGACCACGCGGGUAGCAUGGAUCUCUGCCACGCCGCCUUGCGCUUCAGCUCCGAUGCCCUCAAAACUGGAGGGCAUUUCGUUUGCAAAUUCUACCAAGGCGCAGAAGAUAAAGAGCUUGAGAAGCAACUCAGGGAUCUGUUUCAAAAGGUUCAUCGACUGAAGCCUGAGUCGUCUCGAAGUGUGAGUGGCAACCUGCUUUGCGCUAUUCCUUGA